UGCGAGGCUGACACCCAGCCGACUCCUGUGCCGGUCCAUGAGUCUACCACGCAGCCGACUCCUAUGCUGACCUGUGUGGCUCCCACCCAAAUGGAUCCGGUGAAGGUCAACGAGGCUGCCACCCAACAGUCCCCUGUGAAGGUCUGUGAGAGGGCCACCCAGUUGGCUCCAGUGCAGAUCCGUGAGGCUGCCACCCAGUUGGCCCCAGUGCAGGUCCGUGAGUCUGCCACCCAGACGGCUCCUGUGAUAGUCUGUGAGUCUGCCAUCCAGACAGCUCCUGUGAAGGUCUGUGAAGCGGCCACUCAGCCAUCUCCUGUUAAGGUCAGCGAGGCUGCCACCCAGCAGACUCCUGUGAAGGUCAGCGAAGCUGCCACCCAGUUGGCUCCGGUGCAGGUCCAUGAGGCUGCCACCCAACAGUCUCCUGAAAAGGUCUGUGAGGCGGCCACCCAGCCAUCUCCUGUGAUCUGUGAGGCUGCCUUGCAGCAGACUCCCGUGGAGGUCGCUGAUGCUACCCAGUUGGCUCAGUUGAAGGCUGGUGAAGCCUUCUCCCAGCACACUUCAGGAGAGGUCCACCAGGCUGUCAAUGGGCAGUCUCUCUUUGAAGUCUGUGAUGCUGCCACACAGAAGCAUCCUGUAGAUGUCUCUAAGGCCUUGUCCCAGAAGGGUCCUGAGGUUUUUGAGUGCGAGACCCAGAGUUCUUUGGAUGGCAGUUAUGUCAUAAUUCAGCCAAGGGAUGUCUGUGAAUCAUUUAUCAUGUUAUAA